CUUUUUCGAACAUCUGCUUCCAGCUUUAACUGCAUUUCACCCAUUCAAAAUGAUGGAGGAGGAAUAGGAACCUGAAAUUUGGAUUUCACCCAUGUUACAGCUCGAUGCAGUGGAAUGAUGAAUUCCCUUGAUACGUUUAACAAGAACCGCUGUCAUAUAGAUUGCCUAGACUGGGCAAAUCUUCACGGAACCCUUGUUUCUCUGUUGCUGGACAAGUUGUUGGAAUCCAUUGACCAUGUUCGUUUUGCCGCAGUUUGCGAGGAGUGGCGUGCAAUUUCAAAAGAAUAUAAUAAAGCAAAGCAGCGCUGGUGUCAAAAAAGGCUACUUCCAAUGCUCGUAAUCUCAUCUACUGAAUCUGAAGAAAAGUUGGAACUUUACAGCAUUCCUGAAAAGAAAGUCUACAAGAACAUUGAGUUACCAUUGCCUCUUAGGAAGUCCAGGAGGUGUUUUGGCUCCAACCACGACAGUGGUGGUUGGUUGACCAUAGUUGAUCUAGUCGAGGGUGAGCUGCCAUCUCUAGACAUAACUCUCAUGAACCCUUUCAGAGAAGAAAUGCCACCCAUUCAUCUUCCUCUUUUGCAAUCCAGAAUUCGAUCUGCAAAAGAUCAUCAGAUCUCCAAGGUUAUAUUAUGCGGUGAUCCCACUUUGAAUCCAGACUGUUUCGUGGUUUUAGCAAUCACCAGACAUGAAAGAAUUGGAAAGAGGGUGUAUGCCAUUAAGGGACUAAACAGUGAUUGGGUUUAUUGGCAGUUUGCAUCGGAGAUUUCUGAUGCUAUAGUUUAUAAUAGUCAGAUAUACUCAGUUACUUAUGAGAGAUGGCUUCAGUUGUUAGAUGUUGAUAAGGCAAUAACAAAACAAUUUUUUUCCGGUUCAGACACCAUAUCGUCCACCAGACAAGGUCUAUCUUGUAAAUCAACACAGGGAGACCUGUUGCUUGUUCAGAGAUUUAUGGAACCUAAGAAGGAUGUGAAGAACGAUUUGCAUCAGAUACUUUGGACCAGCAGUUUCCUUAUUCACAAGGUGGUGUUCAUUGAUAGAGACAAAAAACUAGACAGAAGUACUCCAAUCUUGGAGGAUGGGUCCCCGUAUUACACAGGUGAUGGAGAUCGUUCAGAGUGGGUUUCUCUGUUAGAGGUAGAAAACAUUGGAGAUGAAGUUUUGUUUGUAGGUGACAACUAUUCGUUCUCAGUUUUGGCUUCGGAUUAUCCUGGUUGUCAACCCAAUUCUAUAUACUACACAGAUGAUUCAAUGAAAUGUGGAGUGCAUAAACUUAAUGAACGAAUACCAUAUGACAUGGGAAUCUUCAAUCUAGCAGAUAAAAGCAUCAGACCACUUUGUUCUUCUCUAAAUUAUUCCAAGAGGAAUGUCCGGCCACCGUUUUGGACAACCACUCUAUUUAAUGGACUCUGCUAGCUUAGCUUGUUCCUUUGUUCAAGACUAGUCUUCACUUUGAUUUCUACAUUCCAUGUUCAACAAAGCUUUCAAUUCCCAACUCAUAUUUUGCACUAACAGAACUCUGGUUUAGUUUAAUAUCUAGUUGUUUUCAAGCGAAUGCAUGUCUUUUCAUAAUAUAUAUAUAUAUAUAGCUCUUGCAGUAUUUUGCCAGUGAGACUUUCAAUCAAGCACCUGUAUUAUUGAUCCUGUCUUUUGUCACUUUACGAACCUUCUUCCUUCUCUUUGGAGUCGC